UGUCAGCUACCCCUUUACAUUCUCUCUCUUUUUUCUUUCUUUUCCCCCUUUACUUCUUUCCGUUAUUCAGUUAAGCCUCUGUCCUGCUACAGAAAAGAUAUGCAACUUCCAGUGGAUUCCUCCUUCCCAGAAGCUUGCAAGACACCGGAGCCCAUGUGAGCUCUGGGCCCAGGGCCGGUAGGAUGUGCCUCAAGAUGAACUGUUGUUGCUCAAAACACCUUACCUUGGAACUUUAGUGCUGGAUCGAACUGAAUUCUUAUUCAACAUUCAACUGCAUGCUGAUUGGCCGGGACUGUGUAAGUGUUGGUGAAUGGCGCAGCGCAGUUCAGGUGGACGCGGGCGUGGAGGCAGCUGGCUCACAGCCUGUUUUUUCCCGUCAUCCUCAGGGAGAGAGCGUGGAGAAGCUUUGGGUGCUGAGGAGUGUAUGUGUGUGUGUGUGGUGACAGCGGACUACCAGAGACAGGAAAAUACAGAGAUCAACCUGAGAGCAGGAGAGAGAGUGGAGGUGAUCGAGAAGAGUGAGAGUGGGUGGUGGUUUAUAAGAACAGCUGAAGAACAAGGCUGGGUUCCUGCUACAUACCUUGUCUCUCUCACUGGACACCGAGAUAGUCACAGAAUAUCGAAUGGAGAGACAGAGCGGUAUGUCACAGUUCAGUCCUACAUCAGUUCAAGUCUGGAUGAGCUGGGCUUUGAGAGUGGAGUCAUUGUUGAGGUCAUCCAAAGAAAUCUGGAGGGCUGGUGGUUCAUACGUUAUGGGGGUAAGGAAGGAUGGGCCCCAGCUGCCUAUUUGCGGAAGAUGCAAGAUGGUGUUAUGCCUGGUAACCAGGCAACAGAGACAAAUAAACCAGCUGUGGAGGGUCAGGUGGAAAUCAUCGGAAACCUUAUGGAGAUCAGCAACCUCCUGAACAAGAAACACACGCAAAUGGACACAAAUGCACAUCAUAACAGCAAUGCGUCUAUGCAUUCAAGCCAUAACACAUACAUGAACUCAAAAACUGACUCAUAUACACAGUACAAUGGUGAUGCAAAACAGACUGAUGCUUACAAUAACAAUACACACACUAACAACGACAACAGCACCAGCCUUAACACAGCAGCUAACACGGGCAGUAGCAGCCCAGUUACACGCUCAGAAAGGGACAUUGAUGAACAGGUCAGCUCUAGCUGCAACCCACACACAGAUACAAGUGUGUGUGUCUCAGUCUUGGAUACAAGUGUGUCUGUGUCAGUUUCGGAUGCUGGUGUGUCUGUUUCGGAAGCAAGUGUGUGUUCAGCAACACCGUCUGCAAUUAAGAGCAAAACCGUCCCUCCAUCUCCUGCCAUUGCUCGAGUUGCACCUCAGAGAUACCACAGUGUGGAGACCAGAUCCCCAUCAAACAGUCAAAAACCACCUCCCCGCCGAGAAAACAGCCUGGGGUUUCAGUUACCACAUCCUCCACAUCCCCCUAGUGUUGAAGCCGAGUAUUACACUAUUGCUGAGUUCCGCUCCUGCUUGACGGAUGGGAUCAGUUUCAGUGGAGGACAGAAAGCUGAUGUAAUUGAGAAGAACUCUGGAGGUUGGUGGUAUGUCCAGAUCGGAGAUAAAGAGGGUUGGGCCCCAUGUUCUUACAUCGACAAACGUAAGAAGCCUAGCUUGAACCGUCAAACUAGUACACUGACCCGGCCCAAAGUCCCACCUCCUGCACCACCAAUUAAAAAGCAGAAUUCGCUUCCAUGUGUGGAGUCAGAGGUCUUGGCCCCAUCGAGUCCACGAGUGUAUGAAGAGCCAGAAUAUGAUGUUCCAGCCAUGGGCUUUGAAUUUGACCCUGAGCUUGACUUUUUCCCAGGAGACGCACCAACUAAAUCCCCGCCCCCUCUGUCCAGGCGUACCAUUUCUUUCACAUUGGGAGAAGAGGAUGGAGAGGAAGAUGAGAGUGUGUAUGCAAAUGGAGGGUUCAUAUCUGUCCCACAAUAUCUGGGGAACAGCCAUUCAGAUAUACAUCCCCCCUCUGGAGCUCAUCGGUCAUCUACUAUGUGGGAUCCACCCGAAUAUGACGCCCCUACAAUCGAACCCAGCAUUGAGAUCUGUACUCAACUCUACGCACACUCUAAAGUUAACCAACAGCAACCUAAACUCAAACAGCAGGCAGAUGAGUCCAAAUCCAAACCGUCUGUCCAUCUGAAACCCACAAAUGAAGACUGUAAUUCCCUCAGAAGACCCCGAAAAUCUGCAAACCAGGAGCAACCAGGCCAAAUACAAUACAGAACCUCACACACAUCUGAGGAAUCUGAGAGUGGCUCCAUAGUGUCUUUGGAAGACUCUGGGGGUUCCACUGAUCUGUCCAAAGACCGUUCUUCCUUCUUGUACCGCACAACUGCGGCGUACCAGCGGGAGGAGUCAUGUGAGCUUAGCUUCCCUGCAGGAGUGCAAGUAGAGGUACUGGAAAAGACCGAAAGUGGCUGGUGGUUUAUCCGUUGGGAAAAUGAGGAAGGUUGGGCACCCACCUUCUACCUUCAGCCAAUCAAAAGCCCAGACACAGAUGGUAUAGAAGCCAAAUCCACUGAGAGGAUAAAUUCAGAGACAUCUUGUCCAGAGCUGGAAAUUGCACUGCAGGUGAAUGUUGGAAAGCUGGGUAAAAGCAUAAGUCUGGAGAAGAAUGAGCAACGUAUACACCAAAGCCUGAAAAGCACCCACAGAUCUAACCAGCAGAGUUGCAAGGUCGGUGUGAAGAAGGUCGCAGUGCGACCUCAUAAUGUACUCACCACAACCCACACCAAAGAUAACACAAAUAGCUUGUCUACCAAUACGCACACAACUCCAUCAGGACGGAGGAAUGACACCCUACCUAACCAUGCCUCACUCCAUAGCUACAAUGAUCAAGCCACCUCCCCCUGUGCAGGUAAUAUGAAGAGCAUGAGGCGUAAGGUGCCUGUUUCAAUGGUGAAGCCAAAACCUCACCUCAUCCACAACAAUUUGCGUGAGGAAUAUGUUUCUAUCGCUGAUUACCAUGGUGAUACAGAGACGAUGAGCUUCCCUGCUGGUACAAGGCUGGAGGUGCUGGAGAGAAACCCCAAUGGCUGGUGGUACUGCCGUGUGCUUGACACGGCUAAAACACGCAAGGGAUGGGUACCCUCCAACUUCCUUGAGAGGAGGAGCUAGUAGAGCUUAGAGGAUUGGUGUUAUAUUCAGUGUUUUCCCAUUUUUACAAAAUAUGUUUGGUGGAUGUUAUUCUCACUAACAGAACAUUAACAAAGAAAGAUUGAUCUAAGAGAGCAUAUUCUGUAAGCCUGAUCAUGGGACAAAUGUUGGGAUGAAGAUGGAAUAUUUCACAGUUUUGCCUUUUUUAGAAACAUUAUCUUUAAUUUUGCCAUCACAAAUGUCAACUAAAAUUAAAUUUAAAUAAUCGGUGGUUUGAAAAAUAGAAGAAAAAAAAUGCUUGUGAUGGACAACUGAUGAUGUCACUAGUGAAAAAGUAAUUGUGUUCUUUGUGGGGAAAUCCAGCCACAUAAUCCUGCAGCUUUAAUUUUAAAUCUUUAGCUCAAAACUUGACUAUAACCCCAAUCAUAAACAAAGUCCCUUAAAAAUUAUUUGCAUGAGACGCAGCCAUCUCGAUUCUGAUCACAAAAUCAAAUGUGUCAUAAAGCAGAACACAAAGAGAGUGACUCAUAAUUGAAUUCCCUCACUGAUUGACAUCUUGUUUAUAUUCUGUAUACUCAGAGCAUGCUUGUGCUGGAUGACGUGAUGUUGUUUUCACUGAACAAGCUUUUUGUUAUUGCUUUUAGGUGCUCUUAUUUUGCAGAAGGUCUCUUUUUAAAUGUUGCUCUUUUUACAUUUGUUUUAACUAAAUACACAAGGUCUGUUUACAGAUCAGAUGCAAUUUCAUAUACAUUUCAAAUAUUAUCUAUCUAUCUAUCUAUCUAUCUAUCUAUCUAUCUAUCUAUCUUUCUUUAUCAACUGUAAAUGUGACCUGGUUUGUGUGAUUAAACAUGGUGCUAUUCCUUUAUUACAUCAUUUCAUUUUCAAUUCAAGGCUUGCAAUAAAUAUCUGCUAGAGUGCUGUCUUGCAGCUUGAUCAAAAUUGCUAUCUGGUGUGCGAGUCUGUGAGUGUUUGCAUAUACAUGUAUUUAUUCCAUAAGGUUCUCCAGAAAUAAGUAAUCAGUCAGUAAGUUACCAAUCACUCAAUUAUCUGCUAAAACUUAAACCUCAAA